AUAAUGUAACGGGUAACAUUAAACAUAUAUAUAUACAUGGAAAUAUCAUAUUUUUGUUCUAUGAGUUUCUCUGCUGUACGGUCUACUUUACGUGAAAAUUUUGCUAAAAUCAAUAAUAAAUAAUGCGUCCGCCAUUGUGUACUAUCAAGGUUUCAGUAUUUUGUAAAUAUCUUUAAAUUAAAAUGCCACAAUUUUAUAUUUUAUACAUCGAAACACUAACUACAUUAUAACAAUGAAGGUUUAUUGUAAAGUAAUAAUUGUGCUUCUUUCUAUAAAAUCUGUGCACCUUUAUUGUGGUCCAUACAAUGGACAAAUCUGCAAGCAUUAUUCAACUGGACUUGUGUGGUACAACCAUACAGGUGGUCUUGAAAAUGAAAAAAUUACAAGCGGCCUUUGGAAAGAAAUGAUAUCAGCCUUGAAAGAACCGUGCCGCAGUAAAGCGGAAAAACUUCUGUGUUCUUAUGCAUUUCCUAAGUGCAUUGACAAAGACGGCGUAGGAUAUUUUGCUUUACCACUAUGUUAUGAAGAUUGUAUGGCUGUUAAAAUGCAAUUCUGUUACAAUGACUGGAUCGUUAUUGAGGAACAAAAACGUCGUGGUGUAUUUUUUCAAUCAAGAGGACAUUUUCGAUUUCCAGAAUGUGAAAAUCUUCCUAAAUUUUCUGGUAAAGGUUCCCAAGUAACAUGUAAUAAUGCAGGUAUUACAGAAAUGGAUUACAGUCAGGUGACAACUACAUGCAUUCAAGGUAAUGGUCAAUAUUAUCAAGGUACUAUGAAUGUCACUGAGACUGGCUUGGCUUGCCAAGCUUGGGAGUCACAACAUCCACAUCAGCAUACACGACCACCUCUCGUUUUCCCUGAAGUUCAAAAUGCUACAAAUUAUUGUAGGAAUGCUGGUGGGGAAGAGCGUAAACCUUGGUGUUACACUAUGGAUCCAAAUGUGAGAUGGGAACUGUGUGACAUACCAAUGUGUGCCAACUUUAGUGAGGUAAUAGACAAUACGAAUGGAUCAAUUGUUAUGGAAAAUUAUUUUACACCUACUUUUGUGUUAUUACUCUCUAUUGGAGGCCUUGGAUGUAUAUUAGGCAUAGCAUCAAUCGCCCUUUUAUGCCACUACUUCCUGAAAAACCAUUAUUCUAAAUGUACCAUCUCAAGUCGUAGAAACUUACAAAAUGUAGAUAUUGAUUUAGAUAAGCUUCCAAGUAAUCUAGCUUAUCAUACAACUGGAGCACAACUCAACCCUAAGUUAGAAAAGCUAGAGUUUCCUAGAAACAACAUAAUUUAUAUAAGGGAUUUAGGUCAAGGUGCAUUUGGAAGAGUUUUCCAAGCCAAGGCUCCUGGCUUAAUUCCUGAAGAAGAAUUCACUUUGGUUGCUGUGAAAAUGCUUAAAGAUGAAGCCUCACAUGACUUGCAAUUGGAUUUUGAAAGAGAAGCUUGUCUGUUAGCUGAUUUUGACCACCCAAAUAUUGUAAAACUAUUGGGUGUUUGUGCUAUAGGACGACCUAUGUGUUUAUUAUUUGAAUUUAUGGGUAAAGGUGAUUUAAAUGAAUAUUUAAGGGCAUGCAGCACAGCACCAAAUUUUCAACCAGCUGUAGAAAACAGAGAAGAUUUAAGACUUCUUGCGACCCCUCUUAGCCACUUGGACCUUCUUCAUAUUUCUAGACAGAUUGCAUCUGGGAUGGUAUACCUUUCUGAUAGAAAAUUUGUGCAUCGUGACUUAGCUACUAGAAAUUGCCUAAUUAAUGAUGAUAUGGUUGUUAAAAUUGCUGAUUUUGGUCUCUCACAUAAAAUUUACUUGCAAGAUUAUUAUAAAGGUGAUGAACAUGAUGCUAUUCCUGUAAGAUGGAUGCCUUUAGAAAGUAUAUUAUAUAAUAAGUAUACUCUAGAAUCAGAUGUAUGGGCAUAUGGUGUAUGCCUUUGGGAAAUAUUUUCAUUUGCCCUACAACCAUAUUUUGGUAUGACUCAUGAAGAAGUUGUAAGAUUUUUGAAAGAUGGCAAUGUUCUUGCUUGUCCAGACAAUACACCAAGAUGUGUAUAUGAUUUGAUGAAGCAAUGCUGGAAUCAUCACCCAAGUGAUCGUCCAAACUUUAGAAUUAUAUAUCAAACACUGGACAAUAUACAAAUGAUACUUGAAAGAAGUAAUUCUAAUUAAUAAUUUAAAUAAUAUUUAUUUCCAACAAAAAAAAUACUGGUCAUUGUAUAUUACAAAAUGAAAUACAUCUUUUGAUCAAUUAAUAUAAGUCUGUAAAAAUUGUCUUGCCACUUAGAUUUAAAAGUAUGUAAAAGCGACUUAAUGUAUUAGCUAUUUUGAUUAUUGUUGUGAAUUACAGUGUGUGAUAAGUGAUAACUUAUGUUUUGAUUGUAUAUAAUAUGCUUAUCACAAAUUCAUGAAACUACUAUAAUUUUGGACUAAUUUGGUGAUCACAGUAAUUGUUGGAAACAUGUAUUAUUACUAAUAACAGGAAUUAUUACUAAUAAUGCCCAUCUGGACCACCUCUAGUGUAGCAAUAUUGUUUUAAGGUAAUAAUUAUAAUUUGUAGAUAUUUUUAUAUUGUGCAGUUUUAAUCAUAACAAGACUGAUUUUAUUUAAUAAUGUUCCUUUUUCCUUUGGUUAUGUGAACUGUUUGUGUUUUUUAUGUUUUAUGGCAGGCUAAAUGCAUAUCUCAAACAAAUUCAAGUUGAGUUGAAAAAAUCACUUAUAACUUUAUUUUUAUUAUACGUUCCAGAAAACUUAUUUAUCACAAUUUUUUUCAUGAUAUUCAUUAAAAUUAUGUUAAACUGAAUGCCUGAUAAAUUGUAAGGGCCAAAAUUUACUCAGCAAUGUAUGUAAAGUGCCAAUUUUGAAAGAAUUAUUUUAAAAAGUAGUUAGUUUUAAAGGUUUGUUAUGUUUAAUUUGUAAUUAAGUACAUUUUCAGUAGAUUUACUAUGACUAUAAUGGUAAAUCUUUUUAUUGUUAGUAUCUUUACAUUGCUUGUAAUUUUUGUAUCAAUAUCGAAACUGAAAUCCACCAAGCAGAAGAAAAUUGGCUGCUCCAAAAGACUCGCAAACAUACUUUGGAAGUGUUCAAGUAGAACCGAAUAUGAGUUGAUACUCUAUAAUUCUAUAAACUUUUUUUAACUUAUUUUGUCCACAAGCAUUUUUUCUACUUAUUUAAUUAGUAUUUGUUUGUUUAUUUAAGAGUCUUGAAAGUUGCUGAUUUGAUACAAUUACGUGGGAUUAUACAUAAAAAAAUCUUGUCCCCUGUAGACUAAUACAUGAUUUUAAAUAUAUUUUUUUAAUUUGUAUGACCAUAGUACUUCAUAAUGAUACUCUGAAUUGGUUAUUUUAUUGUAAUUUUAUCCUCUGUUUAUACAGAAAACUCCAUGCUAAGUGAGCAUUAAUUUCCUAUUCGUUGUUUUCUAAAAUAAUACUCAUUCGAAAAAAAAUAACUUCUCACGCAAACGACUCAUUAGCUAGCUGGAGCGUAAUUUUUUUAAGUUUUACUUCAAAAUAAUUAUAUAGAUUUUUUAAUUACCAAUAAAGCCAUCCAUUAAAUCAACGAUUAAAUCACGUCAAAACACUGCCAGAUACAUUUUGUAUUAUGUAUAUUAUUUUAUAAAACAUUUAAUUUUCGAUGACAUAGUAUUUUGGAAUUUUGUAUUUUAUGAAACAUUAUACAUUUAAUUUAUUAAAUUGUGUUAAUCUUUGUCGUUAAGAAUAAAUAAUUCGAUUUUUAA